AUGGAACGAGACAACAGGGACCAGAAUGGCCAGAACGAUCAGAAUGGUCAGAAGGGUCAAAACGCCCAGAACGAUCAGAGUCAGAACGACCAGGUCGGCCUGAACAUCCAGGACGGCCAGGACAGCCAGGAUAAUAUUUACCACCUUCCUCCUGUUAAAACAUACAUCGUCUUGUAUUUCAAGGGGCUCUACAACCAAAUCAUGGCUGAUAUACAGAGGGUUGGCAACGAAAUGAGACAGCACAUUGAUGAGGCGCAACAACAAAUGAAUCAAGGAGCUGCUCAAGUCGAACCCCUAGAGGUGAACUUUACUCCUGCCACGUUCAACCACUGA